CCGGGAUCCGGAUUGGCGGAGAGGCGGACGGAAGCGGCCACACCCUCCCCUGGCGCAUGCGCCGCUGCGUAGUCGUCACUUCCGGGUGGCGGCGGCUUCCGCCUCCCUACAGGCCUCGGAGCGGCCGCGCUGGGACCGCGCGGAUCCCCGGGACCCCCCCCGGGACCCCCCCGCGGCGCUCGGUGCGGCCCUCGGUGCGGCCCGGCAGCUCUCCCCGCCCCUGCCCGCCGCAGCGCGGGGGCCCGGCGGGGCCUGGCGCCGGGUGCUCGGGGGCCGCCCGGGCAUGCGGAGGCGGCGGCCGGCCGGCCCGCACUAUGUGGUACAUCAUGCAGAGCAUCCAGAGCAAGUACUCGCUGUCGGAGCGGCUCAUCCGCACCAUCGCCGCCAUCCGCUCCUUCCCGCGGGACAACGUGGAAGAUCUCAUCGGCAGGGGCGCGGACGUGAACUGCAUGCAUGGCACCCUGAAACCGCUGCACUGCGCCUGUAUGGUGGCUGAUGCCGACUGUGUCGAGCUGCUGCUGCAGAAGGGAGCAGAGGUCAAUGCCCUGGAUGGCUACAACCGAACGGCCCUUCACUACGCAGCCGAGAAGGAUGAAACCUGCGUGGAAAUCCUCCUGGAGUACGGGGCCAACCCCAACGCGCUGGAUGGCAACAAGGACACCCCGCUCCACUGGGCCGCCUUCAAGAACAACGCCGAGUGCGUGCGGUCGCUGCUGGAGAACGGUGCCUUGGUGAACGCCCGCGAUUACAACAACGACACGCCGCUCAGCUGGGCAGCCAUGAAGGGUAACCUGGAGAGCGUCAGCAUCCUGCUCGACUUCGGGGCGGAGGUCCGGGUGGUUAAUUUGAAAGGCCAAACUCCCAUCUCGCGGUUGGUGGCGUUGCUGGUUCGGGGAUUGGGUACGGAGCGUGAGGAUUCCUGCUUCGACCUUCUCCAUCGAGCUAUUGGACAUUUUGAGCUGAGAAAAAACGGCAGCAUGCCCUGGGAGGUGACCCGGGAUCAGCAGCUCUGUGAAAAGCUCACCCUGCUCUGCUCGGCCCCUGGUACCCUACAGACGCUGUCGCGUUAUGCCGUGCGCCGCAGCCUGGGUGUGCGGUUCCUGCCGGAGGCGGUGAAGCAGCUGCCCUUGCCCACCUGCCUGAAGGAGUAUGUGCUGCUCCUUAGCUAAGCGCCGGGGCUCUUCCAUGCCAGUGUGUGGCUCCCUUUGUCACCGCUUCCUCGUGGCAGCUCCGGAGACGAGGUUGACCGCUUGAUUUGGGACUUGUGGGUGCUGGAUUCCCCUCCCCAGUCACCAGCGUGGUUUUCAUCCUGCUCUGCUCUCCUGCCUGAGCUGGCGUGGGGCAGCAGGGAUCCACUGGUGCUGCUCACAGGUGGCUCCAUGUUGUCUCUGCCCAUGACGCCGGCUCAGCGGCUCCUCCCAUGUGCUUUCCCCUCAGUUUUGGCCUUGAGAUGAACAGUUCCCUCUAAUGGCAAAUUAUAUCCCAGCUGUUGGAUUGA